GACCAUUCCUCCUUCAACUCUCGCGAUGGAGCCCUUCGAAUGCAUACUUCAGCUCCAAGUCUCCCUCGUUGUGGGAGUCAAGGGACUCGACGGGUCUUGGUGCGUCGCCGGAUGGACCGUGGGCGACGCCAGGAUGGAGUGCGACCGUGGAGGCCUCAGGCACGGCGGAUUCAGCGACCGGGCACACCAGCGAGGCGCUCCACCACGAAUUCCACACAAUUAUUCGGAAUGCCCAACCAGAUCAGGUAAUGGAAGCUCUCCUGGACCCCCGAUAUGAACAGUUGGUGCAAUUGUUGCCGCAGAGCGUUUUCGUGGAGGUCUUUCGCCUGCUAUCGCCGGCCUAUUUCGUGGAGCCGUACCGGGACAUCCAUCGCCCACUGCACCCCACAGCCGUGGCGAUCAAGAAAUACCGGUCGCUCAGCUCGAUCUUGGGGACCUAUGCCCACAAUCUGAUCGCCAUUGUUCACAUCCGGCAGUCCGCCGGUCACAUCAUGGGUCUGGCGGAAUACACGCAUCUGCUGGACUGCGCCCGGUCGAUUGGGGAUGCGGAGCUGGCGGAUAACAUCUGGUCCAAUAUGCACGAGGACGAGGUGAUCCCGGAUGUCCACUGUUACAAUUACUAUAUGGCGGCCAAGGUCUGGGACCGAGCCUACGCGGGACACGAGAAGUACCACCUGCGCGUGACCCCAUUUGCCUAUCGGAAGCGGAGGAUGGAUGCUCCCAACCCAGGCUGGCAAGGCCACGGGACCGCCGGUCGCAGCGUGCGAAAGGAAGUGCUGGGCAUUUUCAACGAGAUGGUCGCGAAUGGGAACCAAGCGGACGAGGCUUCCUUGGUUAACGUGUUGCUGGCGGCCAGUCGAGUGGGCUAUGUGCAGGGCAUCAAAAGCGUGCUCAAGACAGCCUGGAACGUGGAUGUGGAUGAGCUCCUCGCCCAGAACGACGAGUCCCUCGUGCCGCCGGUGACAGAGUAUGAUCGAUCAUCGCCCCUUCACCCGUCGGGCGCGCUGCUGUUUGCCGUGGCCCACGCCUUUGGCACGAAUAGCGACAUCGCCGCCGCCCUACGCACGGUCAACUUUAUCGCCAGCUCAUACGACAUCCCGAUCCCCGAGAAAGUAUGGCUGGAGCUCUUGGAGCGAUCGUUUGUGCUCUCGCGACCGCGGUUUGGCCCGGACGCGAAACGUGACCGGAAGGGCAAAGUGAACUACGAUUUCCUGGGUGUACUAGUCCAGACGAUGGCAUCCGAACCGUUCAACGUCCGCUACACGAUCGAGAUGCACCACGUGCUCGCCAAAUGCGCCUGGGACCGGGCACGUCUGCGGGACUUCCAACAUCAUAUGCGCGCGGCCUACGAUUUACUCCAAGAAACCCGUCGAGACCUCCACCGCGCGAGACGGGUCAUCCAGCGCGGUCUCGGCUACAAGCCAUCACGCUCAGCCCCCGUCCUCCCAUCCAGCAUCAACCCAGCACUACUCCAAUCCGCAAAGUACGCCGACGCAAUCCACGAAUACGAGAUCUUCCGCUGGCGCACAGCACAGCAAACAAUCUUCAUGGAACGAUUCGCCAAACUCCUCCUCAUCCACAACCGGUGGACAGGCCGGAACAACCCCGUCUGGGAACGACACCUUCUGCCACAAGCGUUGGAAGAAUGGCGCGAUUUCGUACCCCAGAGCUUCAGUUACAGCACGCGCGGCGGACAGAUCGCACUGCACGGCAAAAUCCACUGGGGGCAUGCCCGGCUGACAGCACAUAAACAUGUGCCUACCCGACGACCGACGGUCGAGAAUGGGAUCGCUCUGGACGAGGGCCGGGGACAACUCGACGACUGCCACUUCUGGGACCAGUUGCAGGAGUCGCUACCGCAGCUCGUGCGUGAUCUCCCGGCGCUACAGCGACUAUUUCAGGGUCUUGCUUGGGAGCCGGAGCUUCAUGGGGGGGAAAUGGUGUAUGAGGGGUUUGCGCCUGUGGAGCCGGGUGCUUUGCACGAACAGGCAGAGUAUUCGCAGCAAUAUCACCAAGAGCAUAUCCAACAACCUCGACAGCAUACUCAGCGGCACCAUCAACGGCAUACUCAGCAGCAUCCUCAAGAGCACCCUCAAAUUUACCCUCGACAGCGCCCUCAACAACCACAUGUGUCUCCCCAAGAGGAUCCCACCAUCCCGGGUGAAUUCUCCAUAGCCUGAUUCGACUGCUAGACAUUCUUUUUUCUUUUAUUCCCUUCUAUCCCUUUCACACAAGACCUCCUCCCCAUCUCUUAUCUAACUUGAUACUCAAUCCGACAUCAUGUCGGGACUACCUACAUCCACGACACGAUAUGACAUUAUACCCACUACCGCUGCCUACCCUGUCCUAUCCUAUCUUCCCUUGUCCUCACCUACCCGUCCUUACCACAGUACCUGAGCUAGCACCACUAAGUCCAAAAAAAAUAUGCCACAAGAGAAAGAC